AAUUGUCGUUCUUUCAAUUUCAUAGCUUGUUCUACCUUUUUUAUAUCCCUGUCCGAAUCUUCGCGAGCUCUCUUGCUACUAGUUUCCCUCCCCGCCCGCGCAACCAUGAGCGCCCACGUCGUGGUAAUCGAUGCUACAGCCAAGCGGGCAACCAUCAAGACAACCCCAGGCAAAUAUUUAACAGAUAUUUUACAAGAGGCAUGCUUAAAACUUGGAUAUAACCCAAGCCAGUAUGGCCUUAAGCACAAUCGCAAACAACUGGACUUGUCCCUCUCAUUCCGCCUCUCCGGCCUCAGCUCUGGUGCAAAGCUGGAGCUUGUCCAGGCAUCUCGCUCUCCUUCCGUUGUCACAGUCGGCCUCCAACUACCAGAAUCCGAAGCUCAAGGUGCACCAAAUGGACGCAUACAGGACAAAUUCCCAAGUACAACCACACUCUGGCUAGUGUUGCGCAAGUUCGAGGCGGGAGUAGCAGGAAAUGGACAAAAGCGAAAUUUCACGGCGCGCGGGGUACCUUCUACGACGGACGGCGACUCUGGCUCUGGUCGAUUAUUCUACGAGAUCCCUGUUCUCCGGAUUUUGGAGCGCGAAAUGUCAAGCUUCACGGAUCUACAAAAGUCACUUGCCCAGUUGGGCUUCAAUAAUGGCAAUGUGUUGAUCCGACUCGGGUUUCGAAGAACAGACGAGCCGCUUGAGGAAGCCAUGGUGAAGAUUGCCGAGUACUUCAAAUCAACUGGGGAUGAUACUCCAAUGCCAGCUCAAAACCAAGCUUCUCCAGCUCCUGCUAUUGAGAGCAACGUGCAACAAGAACAAGAAGCUACUAGUGAACCGACUGCCGCGAAUACUGCCCCCGCAGAAGUUCCUGAGCAACCAGUGCCGACAUCUACCCGAUCCGUCACUGUCUUCUCUCCUCCAUCCGCCGACACACCAUUUUCGGCACAAGCACCAUACAAUGAAGAAGACUACAUACCAUCUAUUGAGCACGCUACAGCCCACCAACGUCAACUUAACCAAUCUUCCCGCCCAAAGCGUCUACCCACAGACGCCGAGAUCGCCGCCAAAGCUGCCGCAGAAGAGCAGCGACGCGCAGAUAUUCGCGAAGUAGACGUGAAAAUCCGUUUCCCAGACCAGAGCCAAGUGGUCGCCAAAUUUGGCCCAUCAGAUACCGGCCAGUCUCUCUACGACUUCGUGCGCAGCUGUCUGGUACCAACAUACUCGGACAUAAAGUUCGCUCUGAACGCUUUCGCCAGUUCAACACCAGCACGUGCUGGACAUGUGAAUGUCAUCCCGGAAAACCAAACACUUCUGAUUAAGGGUCUUAAGUUGGAAGGAAGGAUUUUGAUCAACUUCACAUGGGCUGAUAAUGCAAGCUCAGCUACGCAUCUGCAACGAAAGGAUAUUUUGCGUCCGGACCUCCGCAGCCAGGCUCAGGAACUCAAGGUUGAACAGGUACCGGAGCCUGUACAGGAGCCUUCUAAGCCGGCAGAGGCUGGUCCUAGUGGCAGUGCGGAUGCAAGUAAGGCUGGAGGAGCACGGAAGGGUGGUGUACCCAAGUGGUUCAAAAUGCCGGGAAAGAAAUAA